UCUAAUUUUUGCGAUUCUGAAAUCCAAAAUAGGCUUUUUGGACAUGAAUUUAGAGGUGGACGCCAAGCCUAGCUUGCUCUCUUCUUCUGAUAAGCUUUUCACUCACUCUCUCACUGAUGCCACCAAACACCACCACCACCACCAGCGUCGCCGCCGAUGCUCCUCCUCCUCCUCCUCCGCCGACGCCAAGCUUCGAGAUGCGCCAACGCGGCUCAACCGCGCUCAGUCUAUCAGCCACGCCGCCGCCGAGACUUAUCUCGUCACUCGGCUCAGCUUCAUCCUCCUCCGAUAUCUAGGGGUAGGCUACCGGUGGAUCACAAGAUUAAUUGCUCUUGGUUGUUAUGCCUUGCUACUUAUGCCCGGCUUUCUUCAAGUUGCAUAUUAUUAUUUCUUCUCAAGCCAGGUCCGGCGAAGUGUUGUUUAUGGAGAUCAACCAAGAAAUAGAUUGGAUCUAUUUUUACCUGCAAAUAGUGGUGAACCAAAGCCAGUUGUUAUAUUUGUAACUGGUGGAGCUUGGAUUAUUGGGUACAAAGCAUGGGGUUCUCUUUUGGGACAGCAAUUGGCAGAAAGAGACAUAAUAGUGGCAUGCAUUGACUAUAGGAAUUUUCCCCAGGGGACUAUUGGUGAUAUGGUAGAAGAUACUUCCCAGGGCAUUUCAUUUGUCUGUAACCACCUUACUGAGUAUGGGGGUGACCCUAACAGGAUCUAUCUAAUGGGGCAAUCAGCUGGUGCACACAUUUCUGCUUGUGCCCUCCUGGAGCAAGCAAUCAAAGAAUCUGAACCCGAGAAAGGAGAGAGUAUUACAUGGAGUGUAUCUCAAUUAAAAGCUUAUUUUGGUUUAUCUGGAGGGUACAAUUUACCUAAUUUAGUUGAUCACUUCAAUAAUCGAGGUCUCUAUCGCUCCAUUUUCUUAAGCAUUAUGGAAGGUGAACAAGGAUUGCAACGAUUUUCUCCUGAAGUUCAAAUACAGGACAAAAGCAUUAGAGAUGCUGUUUCUCGCUUGCCUCCUAUUACUCUUUUCCAUGGAACUUCAGAUUAUUCCAUACCAUCAGAUGCCAGUAAAACUUUCGUAGAUGCUCUUCAAAGGGCAGGAGCUCAAGCAAAGCUAGUUCUUUAUGAGGGAAAAACACAUACAGAUUUGUUUCUCCAACAAGGUGGCCUUGUGCUUCAAAGCAACCCUCAACUUUUUGGUCAUUCGAUGCAGGAUCCUUUAAGAGGGGGUAAAGACGAACUGUUUGACCAUUUAGUUUCUGUGAUACAUGCCGGUGAUAAGGAAGCUCUUGACAAGGAUGCUAUGGCCCCUCCAAGAAGACGCCUUGUUCCUGAGUUUUUGUUGAAGUUGGCUCGCAAGAUUAGCCCCUUCUAGCUCUUAUGGUUCUCAAAGUUAUCACUAUCCUUAUUCAUUUACCUCCGUUAGAUGAUCGUGUAUUAAUUUUAGGAACUCUCAGUUUGUAUUAUUUUAUAGGAAUUCUCACAGUUCUUUUUCUUUUGGUGACUUAAGUUAAUGGGUUAUUAUUACAAUAGGAAAAUUUGUUAUGUACUUUUGAAUGCAUUUUUUUCGAAGUCUAGACUUGGUUCCACCAUUUGAGUUCCCCAUGGGCCCAAAAAAUCUCACUUAUUAAAGUGCAUUAAUGCCAUCGAUCGGGCGAAUUAAAGCCGUUUUAUUAUUAUUAUUUGAACUGAAGUAGACACAUUUUUGCAUUGACACAAAAAAAA